GCCUGUGCAGAGCGCAUCUUUCGCAGGGCGAAUAGCUAGUGGGAAAUUCAGCUGUAGUUGGGCGAUUGGCCGGUCAGGGAGCGUCUGGACGAUGCGCUAAGAGAUAAACCCACCAAAACAACACAAUUCGACGACAAACAUAAAGAAAAACAGAAAACACUCGCCCACCAUGCCGUCCAUCCUCAACAUCGCACACAUGUGCUCGCACCUCCAAAACGCCUCCAAAGCCCGCCUCGGCCUCACCUCCAUCCCCAGCAACAAGUACAACCUGCACCUCGCCCUCGCCCUCCACCGCUCCGGCUUCUUCUCCUCCGUCUACCGCGCCGGCCCGCACCCGCCCACGCCCGAGCAAAUGGUCGCCCAGGUCCCCGAGCCCGUCACAAACGCCACCGUCGCCAAGAUGCGCAUCUGGCUCGGCCUCAAGUACUGGGACGGCCGCCCCGUCCUGUCAAAGGCCACCGUCAUCAGCAAGCCCUCGCGCCAGCUCACCGUCGACGUCCAGGAGCUGGCGCGCCUGACGAGGGGGUUCCCGACCAAGCUCAAGGGCGGCGUCGUCCAGGGGCUGGGCGUUGGCGAGUGCAUGUUUGUGUCUACGUCGAGUGGUGUGCUCGAGGUCAGGGAGGCGCUGGCAAAGAAGGUUGGCGGUGUGCUGAUGUGCCGAGUAUCAUGAUCUCGAAUGGGAAACGACGGAAACGAAAAACGAAAAAGAGAAAAUAGAGUUAAAAAUAAGGAAAAGGCGCGGAGAUGGCUUCAACAGUUGUGGUUGUGUAUAUAUAUAUUAUGUAUUGUCUCACAAAGGAGAGAGAGAGAGAAGAAGAAGAAGUACAUCUCACUGUAUGAAUAGAAUCAAUUACAAACAAGUAUGCAUG